UCACCUGCUCCCUCUGCCUCCUUGUCUCACCUGUUCUUAGUUCCUUUGAUUACCUGCCUUUGUUCUCCCUCUGUAUAAUAGUUGGUUUUGUUUCAUUGCCCUUUGCUGGUUCCUCUCGUCUCUCACCUUCGUUUGUUGCCCUCGUCCAUGCUUGGAGUUCCGCAUGUUCCUGCAGAAACUUUCAGGAACCAGCCAGACAGACCAAGCAAAAGAGCUGAUGAAAUGGGUGCAGCAGCAGGAGGAGACGCUACGGGCACUGUAUGGGGAGGAGGUGGAACUGUCACCCUCACCUUUAUUGCUGGAGGAGAUGGAGGAAUGCUUCAGUGAGACCGGCUGGGCUGCCUUGGAUUUCGGGCCGAGUCGGAACCGUUCCUCCCCGGCACACACCUCCUCCAAGCCACGUCGCCCUCACUGCAAGCGCUCCACCCCAGCAGUGGCAGCUCUGGCCGAGCUCGUCACGCCCACAGCAGCUUCAACUCAACUCACGCUCACAGUGGUCUCAGCGGAGCCAUCCUCACCUCCACCAGCCGCAGCAGAGUUUCCGGCUGGGUUUUCCUCCUGCCCAGGACAACUUUGUCACCGGAGAUCAGCCGCCACCGAGAAGGUUCGGGUGGACGCCUCCUAUGCUUCCACGGAGGGUCCACCCGCCAUGGCUUCCUCGCCUCUGUUUUCUCCGGCGUGGGUUCAGUCCGGACCAGAGACGCCGCAGUCGGAUCUCAUGCGGGUGAGGGGCUUCACUGAGUACCUGAGGAUCUUCCCCGAGGAUUUGGACUUUGUGCACCUCAUUCUAGAGGCGGAGUUCCUGGGAAGGGGGUGGCUUGAAGCUCCAGCACCACUCUCAGCUGGAGGUCCCUUCGCGCCCCUUCUCGAGGCCAUGAGUGCUGUCGCCGGGUCUACAGAGGCACAGCCGGCCACUUCACGGUCUUCAGGGCACAGCCGGCCGCUUCAAGGUCUUCAGAGGCACAGCCGGCCACUUCAGGGUCAUCUGAACCUCGCCUGAUUCCGAGGAGCCCGUGGGCGGGCUGCCUCCACUUCCUCGCCUGAUUCCUGAGGAGCCCGUGGGCGGGCUGCCUCCACUUCCUCACCUGAUCCCGGAGGAGCCCGUGGGCGGGCUGCCUCCACUUCUAGGUCCUGAGCACCUUCUCAGUUUUCUCUGGGGGGUGCUCACGGAACUCAACCCUGACACACAUCAUAUCGCACCACAGCCUGUCUCCAGGCCUGACACACACCCUGACACACCACAGCCUGUCUCCAGGCCUGACACACACCCUGACACACCACAGCCUGUCUCCAGGCCUGACACGCCACAGUCUGUCAAUGUAAUGUCGUGGUGCGACAUUUUGGUCUUUGCUUUUGGUUUUGUGUUUUUGUUUACCUUUUUAGCUAGAUGUUUCUUAUUUGUGUUUUGUAUUCAUGUUUGUUGUGGUUUUCUGCUUUGGCUAUUUUCUGCCCCCCAGUGUGCUCUCCUAGUUCCCUUAGCGUUGCUUUCCUGUUUUCUUAGAGGGGUUUCCUUAUUAUGAUUAUUAUUAUUUAUCAGAGUUCUCUGGCACUCUCUUAUUCAUUAGUUUCUUUUUUGUUACUCCUCUCAUCAUUUGUUUUCCCCUUUUAGUUAUUACUUGGUUUAAAUUCCCUUUAUUCUCCUGUUCUUCUUAGCUUUGUUCCCCUAGUUCAUCCUUGUUCUCCAGCCUCUCCUCUAUAGGUUAGCUUUAGUUAUUGUUUACUUUUAUUCUAGUCCUCGUUUCCUCUGCUUCAUUCUUAGUUUUAUUCUAUCAGUGUUGGUUUGAGUUUGUUUACUUUUGUAGUCGGGGUUUCCUUAUGGUUUCUGUUUUACUAAGUUCUUAGGUUCUUGUGUUCCCUCCAGUUUCUCAGUUUCCUUCAGUUCAUGUUUAUCCUUGAUUCUUACGCUUUAUUUUUACCUUGGUUUAUAGUUUCAUUUAGGUCUGCUUACUGUCUUGUCUUUAGUCCCUUUCCUCAUGCUUUGGUUUUAUUAGGUUCACCUGCUCCCUCUGCCUCCUUGUCUCACCUGUUCUUAGUUCCUUUGAUUACCUGCCUUUGUUCUCUUACUGUAUAUUAGUUGGUUUUAUUUCAUUGUCCUUUGCUGGUUCCUCCCGAUCACAACCCUCUAGUUAUGUUUGUUCCUUGCUACGUUCCUGCAGCGUGAAGUCUAGUAGGUUUUUGGCUCUGAACUCUGAUUACAUACCUGCAGUGUUUUUUGUGACGCUUUGACGGAUUUGGAAUAAAGCUCAAGAUUUACUUAAGAUGCUGUUACCGAACUCUUGUCUACACUUUGGUCCACCCUAAAACCCUUCAUUGCCCUUUGCUGGUUCCUCUCAUCUCUCACCUUCGUUCGUUGCCCUCGUCCAUGCUUUGAGUUCCGCAUGUUCCUGCAGAAACUUUGUAAGUUUGGAUUUCUGACUCUGGUUUACAUCUGCAAUGUUUUUGUUUCCUUUUUUGAUAUUUUGAAUAAACUAAAGACUGCUUGA